AGAGGAAGAGGAGGGAACUGAUCCACGGUCGGUGUGUUCGAGACGAAGGAGAGACCUGCGGACACACUCUCACUCUCUCUCACACACACUCGAGAGAGAGAGAGAGAGAGCGAGAGAGCGAGGAGAGAGGGGGAAAGAGAAGAAGAAGAACGGGAAGGGGAAGAAUGAGGAAGAAGUCCGCCGAGCUGCGCGCCUCGUCCCAACCAACGCUGCGGGUUUGCUGAUGAAGCAGCGCGCCGGUCACCCGAUCAUACAGGUCAGUCCGGGCGCUCCGCAUGGAAACCAGGAGUCAGGAAACAACAGCAGCAACAAAUAAAAAGCUGCCAGUGCAUGGGAAUCCGGACUCCUCUCCCCUCCUUCUGUGCGUCUCGCUCGGUGGAUCCGCCGUCUUGGCUGGCGUAUAAGAGCUCCCUGCGUCUCCAUUAGCAUUCCCCACUGCUGGCUUACCUCUACUACUACUACCACUCCUCCUCCUGCUCCUUCUCCUCCUCUCACUCCUGCUAGUAUCACUAGUAGAGCUGGGUUUUUAGCUUUUCUUCUUUGUUUUUUUAUACUACUGACUGGACCUCCGGACUGGAUAAAACAGAAAGAAAAGGUUCCUCAUUAAUCGUCACCUCACAGAACCAAUCUAGACGUCAACAUGGGUCGCUGGGAUCGCUCUUCACUCCUGUCCCCUGCGCUGAGGCUAGCUGUCGUUGCGGUGAUUCUCCUCCUCGAGCUCCAUCCCUCGUCGGCCGGCGCUCCCCCUGAGCCGAACUUGGGCGGCUCCGUCAUGGCGGUGUCCACCAAUAAAACUGAGUGCAGCAAGGCCGAGCAGUGUUCAAAGGGGGUGGUGCUUCCUGUGUGGGAGCCCCGAAACCCAUCAUUCGGUGACAAGGUCGCCCGAGCAACGGUUUACUUCGUGGCCCUGGUCUACAUGUUCCUGGGUGUGUCGAUCAUCGCGGACCGUUUCAUGGCUUCAAUAGAGGUCAUCACGUCACAGGAAAAGGAGAUCACGAUUAAGAAACCCAACGGGGAAACCACCACUACGACUGUCCGGAUCUGGAAUGAGACCGUCUCCAAUCUCACCCUGAUGGCCCUGGGCUCCUCGGCUCCUGAGAUCCUUCUGUCCGUUAUAGAAGUUGUGGGUCACGGGUUUAACGCCGGCGCACUGGGCCCCUCCACCAUUGUGGGUUCCGCAGCGUUCAACAUGUUCGUCAUCAUCGGGAUUUGCGUGUAUGUGGUGCCGGACGGCGAGACGAGGAAGGUCAAGCACCUCCGCGUCUUCUUCGUCACGGCCACCUGGAGUAUCUUCGCCUACAUUUGGCUCUACCUGAUCCUGUCGGUGAUCUCGCCCGGGGUUGUGCAGGUGUGGGAGGGGCUGCUCACCUUCCUCUUCUUCCCCAUCUGUGUGGUGUUUGCCUGGGUGGCCGACCGCCGCCUGCUGUUCUACAAGUAUGUAUACAAGCGCUACCGCACCGGCAAACAACGCGGCAUGAUCAUCGAGACCGAGGGCGACCGUCCACUGCCUUCCAAGGUGGACAUUGAGAUGGAUGGGAAGAUGCUGAACUCUCAUGGCGUCGACUUCCUGGACGGUCCACUGGGUUUGGACAUAGAUGAGAAGGACCUGGAUGAGGAGGAGACCCGGAGAGACAUGGCCAAGAUCCUGAAGGAGCUCAAACAGAAACACCCUGACAAGGAGGUGGAACAACUCAUUGAGCUUGCCAACUACCAAGUCCUGAGCCAGCAGCAGAAGAGCCGUGCUUUCUAUCGCUGCCAAGCCACCCGGCUGAUGACAGGUGCUGGCAACAUUCUGAAAAAACAUGCCGCCGAUCAGGCACGGAAGGCCGUCAGCAUGCACGAGGUCCGCUCUGAUGCUGGUGACAACGACCCCAUCUCCAAGAUCUUUUUCGAGCCCGGUUCUUACCAGUGCCUGGAGAACUGCGGCACCGUGGCGGUCAACGUGAUGAGGCGUGGCGGCGACCUGGGCAAGACGAUUUCCGUGGAGUACCGCACAGAAGACGGCACAGCCAACGCCGGCUCAGACUACGAGUUCACAGAGGGCGUGGUGGUGUUCAAGGCCGGCGAGACAAUGAAGGAGAUCCGCGUGGGGAUCAUUGACGACGACAUCUUUGAGGAGGACGAAAACUUCCUGAUUCACCUUUCCAACGUCAAGGUGUUAGCGUCAGAAGGCGAGGAGCCCGAGGAAGGCGAGUCGGCUAAUCACGUGGACUCGGUGGCUUGUCUCGGCUUACCGUCCACGGCAACCGUGACCAUCUUCGAUGACGACCACGCCGGUAUCUUUACGUUUGAGGAGCCUGUAUGCCACGUCAGCGAGAGUGUCGGUACCAUGGAGGUGAAGGUGCUGAGAACGUCGGGGGCUCGCGGUGUGGUCAUGCUGCCGUACAAGACGAUGGAGGGAACGGCACAUGGCGGCGGAGAGGACUUCGAAGACACUCAUGGCGUCCUGGAAUUUCAAAACGACGAGAUCUUUAAAACCAUCAAGGUGAAAAUAAUUGACGACGAGGAGUACGAGAAGAACAAAACCUUCUACAUAGAGAUCGGAGAGCCUCGCCUGGUGGAGAGCAACGACACCAAAGGUCAGGAAGACGAGGAGCAGCUGAAGGAAGAAGAGGAGGAAGAAGAGGCGCUGACGGGAAAAGACGAAGAGGAGCGGCGCAUCGCUGAAAUGGGCCGGCCCAUGCUGGGAGACCACGUCAAACUGGAGGUCAUCAUAGAGGAGUCGUACGAGUUCAAGAACACAGUGGACAAGCUGAUAAAGAAGACCAACCUGGCUCUGCUGGUAGGAACCAACAGCUGGAGGGACCAGUUCAUAGAAGCCAUCACUGUCAGCGCAGGCGAAGACGACGAUGACGAGGAGUGCGGUGAGGAGAAGCUGCCGUCGUGUUUCGACUAUGUCAUGCACUUCCUCACCGUCUUCUGGAAGGUUCUGUUCGCCUUCGUCCCACCCACAGAGUACUGGAACGGCUGGGCCUGCUUCGUCGUCUCCAUCUGCAUGAUUGGACUGCUGACCGCCAUCAUCGGGGACCUGGCUUCUCACUUUGGAUGCACAGUGGGUCUGAAAGACUCCGUCACGGCGGUUGUAUUUGUCGCGUUGGGAACUUCUGUACCAGAUACAUUUGCCAGUAAGGUAGCUGCUAUCCAGGAUCAGUACGCAGACGCAUCCAUUGGUAAUGUGACAGGCUCCAAUGCUGUCAAUGUUUUCCUGGGCAUUGGGGUGGCGUGGUCCAUCGCCGCCAUCUACCACAGCAGCAACGGGCGUGAGUUCAAGGUGGAUCCCGGCAGGCUGGCUUUCUCCGUCACACUCUUCACCAUCUUUGCCUUUAUCUGCGUCGCCACGCUGAUGUACCGACGGCGGCCGGAGAUCGGUGGAGAGCUGGGUGGGCCCCGGACUGCGAAGGCCCUGACCACCAUGCUGUUCAUCAGCCUGUGGCUCCUCUACAUCCUCUUCUCCUCGCUGGAGGCCUACUGCCACAUCCAGGGCUUCUAAGUUGGUGAGAGAUGAUGAAGGGAAGGGUGGGACAGAAGGAGAACGUGGAGGAAGAAACCAGGGGGAGGUGGACGAAUGGGUGGAUUUGGAAAAUGAAGGCUGUCUCAUUGAUCUAUCACUCCCUCCCUUUCUGCAAUAGACUGAAUGACGGAUGAAUGGAUGGAUGUACAGAUGAAGGACUGGAGGACACAUUAAAGCAUCUUAAAAAGAGAAUGGAAGGAGGCACGGAUGCAUGGAAGGACAACAAUAAACAUGAGAGCUAGAGAAGUGGCUCAGAAGGUGGAACCAUGAUGCAGAAUAAACAAAGGAAUAAAUUUUUUGUCUCACUCUACAAAUUCAAACUUUGUUUUAAACCCACUAACAUUUUAAAUACGUACGACUAAUCCCUAAAGUUGCAAAGAAACAUACACAUGAUGUGUCCCAACUGAUUCAACCAUACAGAAAUCAAAGCGGUUUAAAGCUCCUAACCUGGAUGUGAGGCUUCAACAUCAGCAGCCACAUCAAUCCUCCACCACAGGGAGCAUCUGAGUGUCCAGGUACAGCAACAGGCACGAGUGAGACAGAAAAAAGACUGCAUCGGUGUGUAAUGCAUGACCAGACGAUACUGAAAACACAAUCAGAAGGAACCGGAUACUUUGCCACAACUGUUUUAAUGACGACAAAAUGUGUGCGUGCUGGUGCGUGACGGUGUGUUUCUGUGCUUGUGUGUUGUGGGAAGAUGGUCAAGUACUGUGAAAAAACUAAACGCCUCUCGUUUUGCUGUCGCCUCGUGAGACGGAGUAUGUGUUGAGGUCUUUUUUCGACUCUCCCAGCCUGUAGAAACGCUGACUCUUUCUUGGGAGGGCGCAUCCAGUGAGGCGAAAUGUCCCGAGAUUAGACAUGUAAAUACAAAGAGCUGAAACGUACAUUACAGCACCACUAUUUUCCUUCUGAAUGUCUUGGUUACGCCAUGCGCUCCUGAACGGGCCCUCUUUCUGUUGCUUUAUACUGUAGAUGUAAAUGAUUUAAGGUCUAAUUUGAAGCGAGAAGGGGUUAGUGUGCUUUUACCUUUAAUAAGGCCGUGUCUGGGAGGACACAUGACGGCCACUCUACCGUUUAAAACUGUUAGAGAAGCUAUUAUCAUUGCAUAAAUAUCUAGGUAAAUCUAAUAUGUGUUUGUUUCUUUUUAUAACUGUGGAAUCCUGUUACCUGGUUUCCUACCAAUGAGGUGACCGCCAUCAUUCGUCAGCCAUAACACUGCAAUAGACUGAAAAACGUAGGUACCACCCUCUGUGAAACCCUACCGGCCUUGUGUUUCUUAAUUGUCACCGUCAUCAUUUAUCUCGCUUGGUUUCAACUCAACCGCUUCGGUCGAUAUCCCUGUGUGUCUUAAGCACCUCCCCCUGGCUGGUCAGUGGACCAAUCAAAAUCCUCAAGGGCUUUGUAACAAACAACCACUAAUCCCCAACCCUGACCCUUGAUUUAUAAUGCUUCACCUUGAUUGGUCAUUAGGGGGCUGCUUAGCGGGGGUUUAUAUUGCAAAAUCUGACUCGCUGACUUCACAGUUUGCUUCAGUGUGGCGUCAAAAGAUAAAACCAGACCAUAAUGAUAUAAUUACUGCAUGUCUUCAUUGUCUUUGUCAGAUAAAGUGUCCAGAAUUACCCAAAUAUUAGAAAAAGCGACCAACGCGCUCAGUCAGACGAGGCUUCAGCCUUUAUGGUAGGAGUCUUUCCCGGUUUUAAUAACUGCGGUCAGCUUUAUUCCAGAAAUGAUUAUCCAUGCUGUGGUAUUUCCCAGGCCGCCUCGGCUCAUUAAUAUGCCUAAAUAUACCAGCCUUCAGGUUGGAUCAUGAAGGCCUUAACCCAAAGGAUGCAAUUAGCAUCUGACUUUAUAUUAUUUCUUUAUUUAAGGGUAAGAGUUCACCCUUGAAUAAAGAACCAGAAUGCAAUCUGUGUGAUUCACUCCUUAAUGCCAUUAACUCAUUAGUUAUGCAACAAAUCUUCACUUUUAAAAUGAAAGCCAACAAAUGAAGGAAUAGCUGAAAAUGAUUCGCUGGUCCAAAUGUCAGCGUACUAACAGAUAAGGGUAAAUACUGCUACAGUAGAGUACAUCUAAUCCCAGGCAGCCUCCGUUUGACAAGCUGACAGAGAUCUGGAGACAUUAGCAGACUAAUAACAGGGAUUAGGGCUUAUUUUGAGAUCUUAUAUGACCACCUGUAUGUUGGAAAACACCCAAACUGACAGGAAGCUGUGGGUCCUGUAUCAGACCUGGAUAACCAAGUUGCUCUGAUAAGACUUUGAUGCACAGUGUGGGUCAGGAGACACCCAUUUUCCAUUGGAUUGAGGUCACUUUUGACCCAUAUUGCGCAUCAAAAGGUUAAUAUGGAGCUCAAAAUAUGCAAUAUUGGGCAAUCCCAUCAUCAAGUUGUUGGGAUGUAUACUAUAAAUUGAAGUAAAUGUCAUUAAGUAGGUGGGAUUCCUGGUCCUUUACUGCUCCCCCAUAUUUCCUGUUUCUGUAAAAACAGCGAAAACCAUAACCUUAAUAAAACAAUGCAAUAUAACCAGAUGAAAAGGAGGCUAUUUUAAAUGAGGUGACACAAUUUUAGAUUCAUUAUCUAAAUGGAUACAGAAACAUUGCUGAACGUUGAUUUAGAAUUAUAGAUAAAAUUAAUUACUGAUAACUGUGUUGUCAACUUGCUUCGAAAUUUAUCUUCAUUGUAGGAAUAUCCUUCCACUUCUAUAUAACUAUCAUGGAAAGCAAAGUGUUGGGAGUCUGUAGAAUUAACGAGUCUAUCUACAAAGUGAGUUGACGCUUACUAGAUGUACCACUGUGAGGAUCUACUCUGAUUUAAAAAUACCUAAUCACACUUCAUGAUGCAAGCCCAAACAGGAUCUAGAAUAAAUUCUAUGUAGGAUCAUGUUUUACAACACAUCUCAACCCUCCUUUAACUGACUUUUCAGCUUGAAUUUUACCCAACAUCUGCAGGUAUGACAGCAUCUAGCGGCUUGAAAGGAAACUGGAGGUUGUGAAAACACCAGGUGUGCUGUCUCCAGACACUAGUUAGCAAACAUGAUGUCAAGCAACAGCCAAGCCUCUUUGCAAACCCUGGACACUAGAAAACAAGACUUUACAGCCAAAGUAUAGGACUGACGAAAUGACAUUAUCAGACACUAACUGGCUGGGAAUCGUCUUUAAUGAUUCAGUAUUAGACAGAUAAGAGCCAAACUCCCAGAUUAAGUAAAUAUCAAGAAAUAAAACACAUAAUCUGUAAUAGAGGUUUGGACUUCAGACUGUUAACUAUUUUACUCGUUCAGCUAAAACCACAGAGAUCUCAGUGUACACAAACUUACUUUGUAUUGUAAAAGUCCAUAGUUUGUUUAAAAAAAAAAAGGCACUACUAUAUGCAUCCGAAUUGGCUAGAAUUUCUCUUCUGGUGUCGUGUUUUUUACUUGAUGUAUAAUAUAAUACUAGUAUUUUAAAUAUCAUCUGUGAAGUAAGUAGUCCGGGCUAGAUGUAAUCCAUUUUAAACUUAGCAAUGCUUUCAACCCCUGUGAGAGAGUAGAGCCGAGCAGAGCCCUGGAUUGGGCGAGUUUGGCAAAUCCAGGGCAUCUUGAGGGUAGCCAUAUAGAUAGAAGGUUUUCAAAUUUGGAAGCACCAAAGGAGGAGGGAACUAUUUACCGUGUGAGGCAUGAUCGGGCUUCGAGCUACGCAUUUGUGGCCGAUGCACAGUUGGCUGGAUGAUUCGGCAUCCAGUGAGAAACUAUUGGCAGCUACGAGCGAGUUUUAUGUGUGAAUUAGCCCGGGAUAGAUGGCAAUAAACAGAUGGUUCAUCCAACCACCUGCCAGGUGUCUGUCGAAAGUGCCUGCCCUUUUCUAAACAGUGUCCAAGGCAACUUCUCAGAUGUAUAACAACCCAUCUGGCAUGUCGGGUUGGAACUACUGCAGGAUGACAACUUCGACAGUGACGUGGCUAACAAAUCUGAUAAACGCUCUGCUGCUGCAUUAGAAAGGUUGGACAGUUUAGAAGCAACGCAAAAAUUUAAUUAGGACAGUCAACCUAAAACAGAAACGAGACGACAUGUUACUUGCAUUUGCUAAACUCUCCACAAUGCAUGGCUCUCCGUUAGAGUAGCUGUUCUCGUGCGAAGGCCUUGGAGUGGCAGUUUACCCCUGUUUUGCCAAAGGGAAAUCUUUCUAUCAGAACUGUAAAGGGUUUUCUAACCAAUGGAUAUUUCUUAAACACCAAAUAUUCUUCAUACUUCAUCGUAAUAAUCUGAAAAGGGACAAAAGAUCCUUGAUGUUGUUCUAAUCUAACCCAAAUCUUUCUAUUUAAAUUUGUAUGUAUUUGUCUCUUCACUGGCAUGGAGCUGAAGGUUUAUACACUGUAAAAAAGUUAUGCUCGCUUGCGCAAAAGAAAAAAAAGAUAUCAUUAUGGAAGCUGUUUCCAUCACUUUUUGAUUAAGUCCAACAAGGUAUAAACUAUCCUUGAUGCUUCUUGUUGGGUUUAGUUAAAACGUGCCCGCUACCUACUUUGUUCGACCGAAUCGAGCAGGAAUGAAAUGCUUGCAGUAACAUAGUUGUUUGCAUCAAAUUACUUUGUUGCACAGUUUUUCCAGACAAUGACUCUUUUUUUUUCAUCUUUGUUUUCAAUUUAUGGCAGGUUGGCUCUUGUGUUAAUCCGGCUGUGUUGCACCGCCUCUCAGUGUAUCUACCUUGACUUUAAAGCUAGCCGAGUGUGAAACAAACGGAAGAUUUGGAAACAAGGUGGGAAGCUUAAAAAAAAAAAAAAAAAUAACUGCUAAUAAAGUGUUGGUUGUGACCUUGCAAUUUUUUUUUUCGGCCACAAAUGGAAGUGCAUAUCGAGGUUCUUCUAAAGCAGCUUGUCCCAGGAUAGUUGACUUUAGCUUCCUGUCUUGGCUUGUGCUUUUGAGGUUAAAGGUUUAGCCAGGCCGUUACUGUACAUAUAAACACUAAGAGCAAGCACGGAGUAGAAAAAUUAGUUUUGGUUUAUUUGAUUCUUCUCCGGCGGCGUUUUAACUGAAGGAAAGAGCAUUGCACUGGUUCUCAUCGCUUAUGAUAAACGGAUGUUGUUUCAUUCACAAAGUUGCUUCUGAUGUAAACAACUCUGUUGUUGUUUACAUCAGAAGCAACUUUUUGUUGUUUUUUUAUUUACACAAUAAUAAUGAUGUACCUGAUGUGUAAAAAAUACUAAAAAAAAUAAAAAAGUACAGUGGUGUUGAAUCAGUUGUGAACCAUUAACGACGUUGCUUCUAAUGUAAAGGUCGAUGGUGUUUUUGUUGCCUCGUUCACUCCUUAACCGGCUGUCUGUCUGACAGACUGAGGAAUAAAUAACUGCAACAGACAGACAGACAGACAGACGAAAUGAAGGACAAACGACCCCUGCUGGUACGAGCUGAGCAACAUCGCGCUGAGACGUCUUUGCUGUUGGAAUAAAAGAAAAACAUUACCGGAGCUAUUCUCUACCCUUAAAGUACAAUGUUAGAAGAUGUUAAUGAGGAGAAUAUGGAGGAAAACGGAAGAUGAGGAGGAAGACGAUGAAAAUGAAAAUUUAAAAAAAAGAAAAAAAAAAACAUGAAGUUACAGCCAUACAUUGAUUUCUGGGCCAGUGAGAUUGAAAUGGACUUCUGCUGCCCAGCAUGUGUAUUGUUAUGGUGUCUUAUCUGUCCCUCUGUGUCUCCUCGCCCUCUUUCUCUCGUCUUUCUUUCUCAAAUCUCUGCUGCCAAAGUAACCGAAAACAGGCGGUAAUAUUCCUUUCGUUCCGUAUUUUCUCCCUCCCCCAAAAAAACCCUCUCCCCUUUUACCCCUCUGUCUCCCUAUGCCAUGUUUUCCAUAUUUUGGAAUGUCAAUGUGCUACUUGUUGACACUGUGCAUGAAUGAUAACAUGUCUGUAUAUAGUUAUAGAGAAUCGUAUCCCAUUCCCUCCCUCGGGUGUUGACAGAAAAAUGGUUUGAAUGUUGUACAGAUUUAGGUUUUUUCCGUUCAUCUUUUAUUCAGUUACAUUAUUUUUUUCUCGUAAUGUACGUAGAGCUUAACAACAGUUUGUUUUUAAUUUAAACAAAGACGUCUUGAGUAACUUGCACAUUACUGAUUAAUUAAGUUUUUUUUGUGUUUGUUUGUUAAAAAGGCAAUAUCUGCUGUUAUUGAAUGAGAGAUGAGACCUUAAAGGAGUUAUGUAUCUUAAAUAAAUAAUCUAUUCAGGAGUUGCAUGGGUUAUUUGUACAAUAAAAGAGAAAAAAAAGACACUGCUUGCUACUUCUAAUACCGUGGCUGUAUUCUCUGACAGAGGACGAGGAAUACUGUAUGUACAUCUAAAGGUUAUUUUGUCAUUAAAGAAAUAAUAAUAUUGUGUAUAUACUGUACAGUGUUACAAGUGAGGUGGACUGUAUGGCCAUCACGCUAACCAUAGAGAAUUAAUUCUACAUAUUUAUUUAAAGGAAACACUCACUACACUCAAGAAUGACAUAUAUUGCCUUUUUGGAGAAGUUGUAGUUUUGCUUCAGGCUUCCAUCUCGGCCUUUCUCCUCAUCCAUCCGCUUUCUUCUUGUCUGGCUGCUUUAGUUGAUCUAUUUUUGUGUUUUUCAGUUUGAUUCAGGCGGCGUCAUGUUUUUUGUCUGGACUCACCUGUUUUCCAGCGUCUUACAUCUGUACUUUCAUACAUUCUAUCUGCCUGCGUCUCCUCCAUCUGUCCGACUCAAAGGAUCGUUUCAUUGGAUGGAAGUCACCAUCUGUCUGAUUCUGAACCGUCUGUCAUUUUUCUUGCUUUGCUAAAUCCCUCUCUUUUCAUCUUUGUUUUCUUUAAUCCUCCCUUUACGUCCUUUUCCAUCCUCUUUCCGUCCAUCUCUUCGCUCUCGCAGGGUGUAGUCGGGGAUUUCAUGUUUAUCAGUUUGAUUUGGUGUGUUUUGUUUUUUUAAAUUUUGUUUUAAAAUGGAACAAUAACCGCUUGUUUGUAAUAAUGAAGGUAGUCUUUUUUUUUGGCCGCUGUUCCUCUGUGUGUUUGUGUGUGUAAUAAUAAUAAUUUUCUUUUAUUUUUUUAUUAAUUUUCGUUGAACACCAACUGAUAGGAGGAAAGUUGUUGUAUGUGUGUUGCCACUAACUGUGACUGCUCUCCAUGGUACAUGGUACUUCUGAUAAAACCAGUAAAAUAAAGUUUGGGAUACCCUGUUUCAGAGA